CUUGAGAACCUUGACACCGAAGUGCCAACAUUUUGAACAGACCAUUCUGCAAUAGUUUUUAUUUCCUCUAUCAGUGCUACAGAGAAUGUGUUAAUGUGUCAAACUUUCUGUGUGUUAAUGUGUUUAUGAAACAUACAUGUUAAUACUUCUUUGAUUAUAAUAAUUCCAUGUGUUAUUGACAGAGAGAAAUACUAGAUAAAAUAAACAGUCGUGAUCCCCAAAUAGUUCUAUGCAGACAAGAAGUGUAUUCUUUCAGACAUCUAUUCAGACAGCUUAACACACAAAUACAUACACAUAGGAAUACACGAACGUACACGUAGAUAUAUUUCACACAUGAUGAUAUAAACACGAUAUUGCAUUUAACUGCCACUUUUAACCGUGUCAUAUACACAGAAUUUGUAAGCUUCGAUGUAGUAGAUAUAUAGUAUUGAUUUUUGGAUUGUAAAUCUCUUUUAGUUAAAUUCCUUAAGCUACUUGGAAUUUCUAUUCGGCACAAUCUCAGAGAGCGUUAAAAUGGCAACAUGGUUGGACAAACCAUUAGAAGAAAUGAAAGAGGACUUGUCCAAAAGAGAUUUCCCAAAGGAGCUUCAAGAUGUUCUUGAGAAGCUAGAAAGUGAAGCGAAAAGAGCACCACUCUUAAAGCAUAUCAAAUCUUCACUGACAGCCUAUGAGCUGAUGAAAAAUGGAGUGAAAUCCUACCAAGACUGCCUAUUUCUAUUUGAAUAUUUAAGUGAGCUUGAGGAGAUGAAAAUUAAAAAGAAGAAAUGUAAAUCUGUCAAAGAUUUAAAGAUUUUCAAUGACCCAAUCCACGGACACAUCCAGCUUCAUCCAGCUUGUCAGAUGAUUGUAGACACACCAGAGUUUCAAAGACUUCGUGACAUCAAACAGUUAGGUACUGUCUACUUUGUCUAUCCUGGAGCAGCUCACAACAGAUUUGAACAUUCUCUUGGAGUUUGUCAUCUAGCUGGCCAGUUCACUCGUGCAUUACGUGAAUCUCAACCAGAGCUAGGAAUUACAGAUGUAGAUAUUUUAUGUGUGGAGAUUGCCGGACUAUGUCGAGAUAUAGGUCACGGUCCGUUUUCCCGCCUGUACGUCAGCAAAUUUUUGCCUGCAAUAAAUAAGGAUAUACGGUACAGGAAACCUUCAGCUCAAAUGUUUGAGCACCUACUUCGUGAAAACGAUCUGAAAGUCAGACUCCAACUAUACGGCCUAGAGGAUGUGGAUAUACAGUUUAUUAAGGAACAACUGGAAGGAGCUCAACCAACUGGUUCUACUGCAUGGCCAUACACAGGAAGAACAAAAGAAAAGGCGUAUCUCUAUGAGAUCAUAGUAAACAACAGAAACGGCAUCGAUGUAUAUAAAUGGGACUACCUGGCCAGAGACUGCCACCACCUUGGUAUCAAGAACAACUUUGAUCCCUCCAGGUACAUGAAGUUUGCCAGAGUGAUCGAAGCAGAAGGAGAGAUACAAAUUUGUAUCCGAGAUAAGGAAAUCAGCAACCUCUACAAUAUGUUCUACACUAGAUACACAGUCAACAAAUUCGCAUAUUUUCACCGAGUUACUUGUGGCAUUGAACUCAUGAUUAUCAGAGCAUUUGUGAAAGCCAAUAAUCAUAUCAGAUAUAAAGGUAAAGAAGAUACAGAGGCUUUGAAUGAAGACGAGGGUCGUCCGAAAUCACUAGAUUUCGGUAUAUACGACUGUCAUAAAAACAUGGCCGCCUUCACUAAGCUUACAGACAGCGUCCUCUUCACCAUUCGUACCAUUGAGUUGCCAGACAAGCCACCCGAAGAGAAGGACGAGAAACAGAGAUGGGAAGAUUUAAAAGAGGCAAAGGAGAUCAUUGAGCGAAUUUUCCACAGAGAUCUGUUUACGUGUGUGUAUGAGUCACAGCCCAGAGCGCCUAAAGACUUAAGAAAAAGUCUGGAUAUUGUUGAGAAAACAGAUAUAGAAGAAACAGUUUUUCAAAAAAUGAAAGAUAAAACUGAACUGGGAGAACAAGAUAUAAUCGUGAAGGUCAUCAGUUUACAUUUCGGGAUGAAAGAAGAAAACCCGGUGGAGAGACUGAAAGUUUACUCUAAACAAUCUUUAAAUGAAGCCAGACACUUAAAGAAAGAAGAGGCAAGUAGAAUCCUAGGACCUGUCAACUUUAAUGAAGUUCUAGUCAGAAUCUACAGUACUUUGAGUAAAUAUAAAGAUAAAGAUUUGGUCGAGGAUAGAAGCAGACUCAUUAGGAAAGCGGCAGACGAAAUUUUAGAGGUCAAGCCUGACCCCAAAACUCCACAACCGGAAACAUAGGGAAGAGCUUGAUAUGCAAUAAAUGUACUUGUGUCUUAUUGUCCAUUAACUUCAGAUGGAGUGCAAUAUAAAGGAAGUUAAAGUGAAGGGAAACUGUUCAUAUCAAAACUAUAUAGUUCGUUAUCCUUGUCAAUGCAAGAUGACAUGUUAUAUCAAUCAUUUGUACAUUAAGUGACAUAUCUUUUAUUUAUUUAUAUAUAUCAUUGUUCAAAAUGAAAAAAGUGAUUGACAAAUUAUUUAUUAAUUAUUUAUUUACAUUUAUAACUCCGAAGUGUACAUUUAAUAGAGUCAAUAGAACUCGUUCUGACAUUAUGAAAAAAAUAAAUAUAUUUACCAAAGCUAUCAGAAA